UGUACACCCACCCACUUGACCAAAUCAACCGUCCAUCCAUUUCAUCCAUCAUCGCCAUGGCCAUGUCGUUGCCUUAAACCUACAUCUUGGCUCUUCUUGCCGUCAUCCUCACCCCAUGUGUCCAACCAGAACCAGAACCCGGCCUGAGCGUGAAGGUUAGAAACCCAACAUAGGCGACCGCUUCGGCCCAAUUUCAGUGCAGUCAUCUGUUCCUAGCCAAGCUGGAGGCCAGGACGCCGAAGGUGAAGGACGUAAUUGGAAUGUCGAUCUAGGUGGGCGCCAAGGCGGCAGUGGAGGCGGCCGCCAAGAAACCGUCCAGGUGCAUCGUCGACUGCCUCGACGGCCUUGCCUCCACGUGGAGCGAAACAAGAAGCUUCCUACUCGCUCCCAUUGCAUGUCACUGAGCCGUUAUUAAUGAAAUAUCCAUAAGAAUCAGUAAGCAGAAAUAUGAAAAACGACGGAACAAAUCACGGUGAAGGGCAUUUCGUUGAUGUCCUUCACCUCCGGCAUCCUGACAUCCAGAUUGGUUAUUAACAAAUUUGGCUGAAGCGGUCGUGCUUGUAGCAUUGAUGGCGUCCAAGGUUCUGGUUCUGGUUUGGACACCAGGGGUGAUGACGAUGGCAAAAAGGUUUAAGGCAGCAACAUGUCCACGGUGGUGAUGGAUGGAAUUGAUGGACGGAUGAUUUGGUCUGAUGGGUGGGUGUACAUUGCAUAGCGAGCGAAGUUUUUGAGUCGAUUUGAUUUUUUAGGCAAAUUUUCAGUCGAUUUGAUGAUUAAUAUUUUUUUUGAGUUGAUUUGAUGAUUAAUAUUUUUUUGAGUCGAUUUGAUGAUUAAUAAGGCGUGUAACAUUUGGAGGCUCAUCCAUCUGCAGAGCCCAUCGUAGAAGCCGUACAAGAGACACCCAUUUGCCUGGCAAAAAAAAAAAGGUUGAGCAUUUUGUAGAUCCCCAAUUUCCCCGCCGGCCAGCCCGAUGCCGCCGCCGCAUCCAGCACCGCUGCCGGAGACGCCGAUCUUCCAAACCCCAGACGAGCUCCUCCGCGACAUCUUCCUCCGUCUCCCCACUGCUGCCGACCUAGCCCGCGCCUCCGCGGCGUGCCCCUCCUUCCGCCGUCUCAUCACCGACCACGCCUUCCUCCGUCGCUACCGCGCCCACCACCCGCCGCCUCUCAUCGGCGCGUUCGACGACAGCGCCUUCAUCCCGGCCCAGCCGCCGCACCCCUCCGCCUUCGCCGCCCGCGCCUUCGCCGGCUUCGACUUCUCCUGCUCCUCCUUCCUCCCCUCCACCACCGGACGUACCUGGAGCGCGAUUGACUUCUUGGACGGACGCGCCCUCCUCGACGGCGCCCCAGUCCCAGGCAAAGGCGGCAGCUCUCAUCUGCGCUAUUUUUCGGUAAGGGACCUCGCUGUGUGCGACCCCGUGCACGGCCGCUACAUCCUGCUGCCCGCCGUCCCCGGCGACCUGAAAGCGCUGGUCAGUGAACCGGACCUCCUCCAUCUGGAGACUUUCCUUGCUCCCGGCGAUGAUGAAGAGGACCCGUUAUCAUUCAGGGUCAUGUGCUUGCUGCAGUGCAGAAUGAAUCUGCUGCUGCUCGUCUUCUCCUCUUUGGAUUGGCAGUGGCAUUCUCUUGCAUUUGACCAAUGGAGUGCUCAAGCUACGUUUGCUCCACUUGAAGGCACCAAGGAUGGGCUCUCAGAUCGUCAGUUCGUCCACGGAUGCUUCUGUUGGCGUUUUCCCCUCCUGAACAAGUUGGUUCUGCUUGAUACACGUGCCAUGGAGUUCUCUGCUGUCAACCUACCACCUGAACAAGGAUGGAGCAGCAAUUUCGUCAUUGUUGAGGCAGCAGAAGGAAUGCUCGGAAUGCUCGCUGAAGUCUAUGACAGGGGUAACAUGUAUGAACCAUGUUGGCUGAGGUAUUCCAUUCUGAGAAAUAACCAAUGGCACUUGGAGAAGGUCAUCCCGUUGCCGGAAAUGCAUCAUGUUGUUCUGCUUGGUGUAGGCGGGGGAUACCUGCUCAUAGGAGCGAUGUACAUCACAUCUUCAGGAGAGGAGGUGAUGUUUGGGUUAUUUUCGGUGGACGUCAAGACGUUGCAGGUCGAGUUGUUCGCUGAGCUUAGCAAAAUCAUCUUAUCUGGUCGACUAUAUGCUGGUUUCCCACCAUCAUUAUGUGCACCAACUAUAUGAAGUGAUGCUGAUGCCGUGUGGAAGAAGAGCUGAUUCCUCUGAGAGCGCGUCCUGGCGUUGGAAGAGAAAGUGGGAUGUGUGGAUUAGAUGCAUUCGCUUGGUGAACGGUUGUCAGAGAGUGAAGCGCGGUUUGGAUGUAUUUGUUUGCUUGUUCAGUGCGGACGCCCUAUCGAGCGCUAUGAUGUGUGCCCGGUUACAAUGUUUGAAGCCUGUUACGAUCUCUGAACUUUUGUUUCGAAACAAUGGAUCUCUGAACUUUUUCCUGUUA